AUGCCAAACGCAAUCGCGAUCGACGUACCGUCCUUUGGUCAGAUCAGCGGUGUCAAGAACGAGGAUGUCGAGAAAUUCCUGGGAAUUCCGUACGCGGAGGAUCCCGUCCGCUGGCGGAAGCCCAAGUUGCUACAGAGUCUGCCCGGCGGGAAGCAUGACGGAUCAAAGUUUGGUCCUCUGACUUCCCACCAGUUCCGCGCGAAGGAGCGUGCCCUCCUGAUGUGGCCUCAUGAAGAUUUGGCCUUCCCAGAGGGUAUCCAGUUAAGUGAGAAAGGCUCACUCAACCUCAAUAUCUGGCGUCCUACUGGUCUGGGAGCACGGAAGGUCCCAGUGAUGGUAUACAUCCACGGCGGUGCCUUCAUUCACGGCGGUGGAUCCCAGGGUCUCUACGAUGGCACACCCCUUGUCAAACACUCUGUAGAGAAUGGGAAGCCCAUCGUAUAUAUCACGAUCAACUACCGCCUCGGCGUUCAGGGGUUCAUGUUUUCUCAGGAUCUCAUCGCAGACGGAGAGGAGUGCGGUGAAGGCGGUGCAGGUAACUACGGUCUCUGGGAUCAGAGGACUGCCCUGGAGUGGAUGCAGAACAACAUCGGCGCGUUCGGCGGUGACUCAGACAGAGUGACUAUUGUUGGUGAAAGCGCCGGCUCCAUGUCGGUUCAUGCUCACAUGCUGGCAGGCAAACCCGGCCUUUUCAGCCGUGGUAUCGGACAGUCUGGCACUUGUGCCGAAGGCACGGACGGUCCUAUUUCAUUGAGCGUCUCUGCCGCACAACCUCUCUACGAUCAGGUUCUUGAGAAACUUAAUCUUACCUCGCUCUCGCCUAAGGAUCGCCUCAAGGCUCUCCGUGAAAUUGACGCUGAAAAGAUCGUGGAGGCGCAGGCAGCUUGUUUCCCAGGUUUCAUGCCCCUCGUCCUUCCCGCGGAUGACUCUGCUAUUCGAGGAGGAUUCUUCACCUACAAUCGUGAGCAAACAAAGGGUUGGCUCACCCCUCCGAAUGCCAAGGAUUUUGUCAAGGGUGCCAUCUUUGGUGACCUCGCUGAAGAGGGUAUUCUCUUCUGCGAAGCAGCACGAAGUGAAAAGUAUACGCCUGAGGAUUUCGUCCAUACACUCCGUUCUCCACUCCCUGGUUCGCAGGGAGCCUCGGAGACUCUCUUGGCUCAAUACGGCCUGAACGAUCCUAACCGCUUCAAGUCAGCCAAGGAUAUGAUCCCAGGCCUUUGUAAUUUCCUUACAGACGCGUUUUUCAACGCGGGCACAGACAAGGCUUGUUAUAGCUUCCCCUUUCCCACGUACAUUUACCGCUUUGAUCUGAAGAACCCCUUCGACACCCCAUUCAAGGGGUACGCGAACCACACUCUUGACAUGCUCUAUACGUUCGGUACAGCGCAUCAUAUCCUUCCCAGCGAAGCUGAUCGAGAUUUGGAGAAGAUGUUCAUGGACGCUUGGAUCGCGUUUGCGAAUGGCGGUGAGCCCUGGGUUAGGAAGGAAGAAGGUGAGCUCUGUGUGGACAAUGAGGGAAAGGUUGCAAUCAAGAAGAGAGGGGAGGCGAGGAAUCUCCAACGUUUGAAGGCGAUGCAGGCGGAGAUGGCGGCUUUAAGUGAUGUGUUGAUCGCAGUUGUGACGGGCAGAAUCCGCAAAGCUUAG